AUGUGGCCUGGACUUAUAGACAAAGCAAAAGAGGGUGGCCUGGAUUGUAUUCAGACGUACGUGUUCUGGAACAUGCACGAGCCAAAACAAGGCCAGUAUAAUUUUGAAGGGAGAUUCGAUCUAGUUAAAUUUGUGAAGAUAGUACAAUCCAAAGGACUGUAUGUGAAUCUGAGGAUUGGGCCAUACAUUAAUGCAGAAUGGAAUUACGGGGGAAUCCCAUACUGGGUGCAUGAUAUUCCGGGCAUAACUUUUCGCACAGAUAAUGAACCUUUCAAGAAGGAAAUGCAGAGAUUCACAGAAAAAAUAGUGAGUAUGAUGAAAGGGGAGAAUAUGUAUGCUUCGCAGGGAGGUCCCAUCAUCCUUCAACAGAUAGAGAAUGAAUAUCAAAAUGUAGAGGCUCAUUUUGGAGAAAGUGGGCAUUCAUAUGUUGAAUGGGCAGCAAGCAUGGUUGUGGCAUUACAAACAGGAGUUCCUUGGACAAUGUGCAAACAAGAUGACGCCCCUGAUAAUGUGAUCGAUACUUGUAAUGGCAUGUAUUGUGGAGACCGAGAGACAUUCACUUCUAAUUCAACUAAAGAACCAAAAAUAUGGACAGAAAAUUGGACUGGUUGGUUUCAGGUAUUUGGAGGGAGGAGACCCCAAAGGCCAGUGGAAGAUAUUGCAUAUGCGGUUGCACGAUUUGUUGCAAAAAAGGGUACUUUUGUAAACUAUUACAUGUAUCAUGGCGGAACUAAUUUGGGGCGUUCUGGAGGACCAUUUGUCACCCCAAGCUAUGAUUAUGAUGCACCGAUUGAUGAAUAUGGCAUCAUCAGGCAACCCAAAUGGGGUCAUCUUAGAGAUUUACACAAGGCAGUAAAGCUUUGUAGUAUUGCUAUUCUCUUUUGGAAAUCACAUGAUAAAAUCACGUUGGGUCCUUCACAAGAGGCUCAUGUAUUCAGAAGCAGAGGAGGAGAAUGUGCAGCAUUCCUUUCAAACAUGGAUCCUAAAUCUGAUGUCACUAUCAGUUUCUUUAACUUAAGAUAUUAUUUGCCUGCAUGGUCAGUCAGCAUACUUCCUGAUUGCAGGACUGUCAUUUUCAAUACUGCAAUGGUGAAUUCUCAAACAAACCUGAUGAAAUCAAUUACCCCUUACAAGAAGAUGAGUCCAUCCAAAAUAUUACAAAAUGAGAAUGUUGAUGGUUUUGAAAAGUGGCAAAUAUUUGAGGAGCAUAUUGGAGUUCUACAGGAAAAUUCUUUUAAGGCAUCAGGCCUCUUAGAACAUAUUAGUACAACCAAGGACAUGACAGAUUAUCUCUGGUACACAAUCAGCAUAAAUGUUGACAAAGAUGAGCCAUUUUUGAAGAGUGAUAAACUUCCUAUUCUUGGCAUUGUAUCUCAAGGUUAUUGUGUGCUGGUUUUCAUCAACAACAUUCUUGCUGGAAGGGCUCAUGGAAAUGUAACAACACCAAGGUUUAAGCUUGAGCAGCCUGUCUACUUGCACCCGGGGAAAAAUGAUAUCGCUCUAUUAAGCAUGACCGUUGGAUUGCCGAAUUCUGGGCCACUUUAUGAGCGGAAGGUUGCAGGGAUCACAGAAGUUACAAUUCAAGGCUUCCGAGAUGGUGCCCGAGAUUUGUCAAAAGAACUAUGGACUUAUCAGGUUGGCUUAGGUGGAGAAAAAUUGGAACUUUAUACUGAAAGUGGUUCAAAGAAUGUGAAUUGGUCAUUCACAUCACAACCCCCUUCUAAUCAACCUAUGACCUGGUACAAGACAAGAAUACAUGGACCACGUGGAAAUGAACCUGUUGCUUUGGAUUUAAGUAGUAUGGGAAAAGGUCAAGCAUGGGUUAAUGGUGAACAUAUUGGACGCUACUGGAUUUCCUAUCAUUCUCUUCGAGGAAACUGCUCACGUAAAUGUGAUUAUCGAGGACGCUACAAUAGACAUAAAUGUGAAUCAAAUUGUGGACAACCUUCACAAAGAUUGUACCAUAUCCCUAGAUCACUAUUACACCCCAUGGGGAAUGUGUUGGUGCUGUUUGAAGAGACAGGGGGCAACCCAUCAAAAGUUGCCUUAAGCAGGUGGUCCUUGAGAAGGAUAUGUGCACAUAUCUCUGAAAGGCAUCAUUCAUCUGUUAAUUUGUCGCAGAAAAUGGAAACUGACUUAAAGAUUUUACAUACACAUACAAUUCCAACGCUUCGACUUGAAUGCCCUGUGGGUAAAAUGAUUUCUUUUAUCAUGUUUGUAAGCUUUGGAAAUCCUCAAGGAGAAUGUGGCCACUUCAUAGAAGGGACAUGCCAUUCGAUAGAAUCGAGAGUGAUUGCAGAAAAAGCAUGCUUGGGACAACGUGAAUGUUUUCUUGAAGUUUCAUCAGAAGCUUUUGGGGCAGAUCCCUGUGUUGGCACCAUGAAGUCUCUUGCAAUUGAAGCAAUAUGUAGCUAAUUUUGAUAGUGGUGUUUUAUUACCAAUUUUGUAUUGUUUUUUCAAAUUAGCAUCACAGGCGAUAUGUUAACCAAUAUUCUCUUCAAGGAAAUGACAAAUAAGGCUAUAGGAAUGCCAAUAAUAACUUGUAGAAGCAACAUUUAAAAGCAAUAAAGAAUGACAUGGAAACGUGAUUUUGUUGAAAUCAAGAAGUUCAUAAGAUUAAAUAGUUUUAAACUAUAUCAUAUAUGAAGUUUAAAAUUUCU